AUGCUCGACGUCGUCGUGCGCGACAAGUGCAUCAAGGUGAGCUGCGGCGCGGCGACGCAGCGCGUCAAGUGGCUCGGGCACGUGGGCAUCGCGCGCUACGACGACAAGACCUACCAGGGCUGGAAGCAGCUCGGCGUGCCGACGAAGAUCACCAAGGCCGACGGCGUCGAGCUCGACCCCGGCGCGGUCGUCCGCGAGGUGCUCAACGACGGCGACACGGUCUACGUGUCCCACAGCCUCGAGCCCCAGGACGCGGAGCGCCAGGACUAG